AUGAACGACGAGGACGAGACGAAAAUGAACUUGCCGAACCACACUUGCGUGGAGUUCGGGUCCCGAAAUUCAUGGUGGCCAAACCGGUCCUACGGCCUGGCGGUGAUGUUCAACGCGGAGAUGAAGGGCACUCUGCAGCAGAUCUCGUUCCCACCAAGGCCAAGGGGCAUCGAAGGGCGGAUCGCCAUGAAUAAAUUUCGCAUUGGGGCACGUACGGACUUUGUCCCAAUGUACGAUGAGGGUGAGGAGUACAAGGGGGAGUACCUGUGCAUGCACGAGCUGUACGACGGCACAGCUUUCGGAGCCACGUUUCCGACUAUGAAGGGUUUCGUCAUAUUGGAGAACAAGAUGUCACGCCUGCACAUGGGGGACCUCAUCCCAUACAAGCGAGCCAAGGCCGCCUACGCCCAGAAGGAGGCGCCCGCCGCCGCCGGCCCGCCGCCGCCGGAGGCCGCGCCCGACGGGCAGCCGGCGGCGGGCAGCCGGCAGCCGUCCCUGGUGAUACUCGGCCCCGCCGAGCCGCCGCUGCCGGGGGGCGUCGACCCCAUGUGCAGGCCCCCCGACGAGGCGCCCAGCCCGGGCGGGCUCCCCGGGCCGGCGGCGCCGCCAGACGGCGGCGUCGCGGCCGCCGACGCUGCCCUGGCGCCGCCCGGCGCCGAUGGCCAGGUCGAGGACGAGCGCCAGGCGGUGGACAGAGCGUCGGAGGUGCAGGCGACGACGAGCUCCUGCAGCCCGCAGGUUCCGGACGCGGAGAGCUCCGUGUGGCAGUGGCUGCACAAGAGCGGCUACCGGUGCUACGAUGAGGACGCCAGCGGCCGCAUCGAGAGCGCCUGGCGCGGCGGCGAGCCGAAGGUGCGGCUGCGGUCGGGGAAGUGCGGGAAGAGGCCCAUGGAGGUCUUCUUCGCCGACAUGGUCCAGCUGGACCCCCUGACGGGCAACUCCCGGAGCGUGAGGCGCGUCGGCCGCGAGAGCCUCUUCAGGUGGACAACGCGGAACUUCAACAUGGUUCGGAAAAAGCUCAGCAAAGGGCAGAUGCGCUGGGAGACCUCCAGCGAAUACCGCAAGAGGCAGAUCAAUCGGAAGCAGAGUCUGGAGGACGCGGAGCAGCCAGCUCUGGGAUAUGCGAUGGUGCGCGGUUCUCAGAUGUUUAAGAGCAGCAACCUCGCAAGCAGAUCACUGAUGAACGUCCGUGCCAAGCGGCAGCAUAUUGGAUUAUGGUGUGGACGCUUGUUGCAAAGCCUUUUUUGGAGGUUUCUCACCUCCCUUGUGACCGCCACCAACGUCCUGUGGAUUUUCUGGAUGUCAGAGCACUAUCCGGGUAAGCUAUCGUUCGGGUACCCAGCCGGAGUGUUCAUCACCGAGACGUUGUUCAUUGCUUUCUUCUCUGUAGACUUGAUGGUCCGACUGCUGGCAUACAAAGACGCGACGUACGCGCUCCAUUCCAGCUGGUUCCGCAAGGAUGCGUGGGUCGUGCUGGCGAAACUGUUUGACGUGCUAUUGUUCCCCAUUCUGUACUCGCUCCGUUCUGGCAGCGCCCAGUCGGACGUGGAUCCGGACACGUUGUGGUUCUGGCUGGGCCUGUUCGUUCGCCUGAGCACGCUGCUGCGGGUGGAGCGCCUCUUUCGGAUCUUUCCUCAGGCCUCGGGACUUGGCAAUGCCAUCGUGUCUGGGCUGGAACAUGCCGCGAUCAUCAUCCUGAUGAUGGUCGGCGUGGGCUUUGGCUUCGCUGUGCUGCUGAGGACAGGCGUCAGGCACUCCGACAUUGUGGAGCUGUACUUUCCGACCAUGACGGACACGUUUCAGACGCUGCUCGUGCAGGGCCUCUUCUUCGACGGAGUGCUGGACUACCUAGUGGAUUGCAGCGACGAUUUCGUCAGAAUGAUUAUGUGGAUCUUUGUUGGUCAGUAUUGCUUCUUGAAUUUGCUCAUUGGCGUGUUCUCUAGCGCAAUCGCAGAAGCCGCAGCCGAGCAGGCUAGAGCUCGGGAGACGUCGUACCUCGAGAGGAACCUGGCUUCCAUCCUGGAGUGCUACCUCGACGAGUCGCCCGGGGCCCAGCCAGCGAUCGGUACUUCAGGACAGUUGCAUUUGGAUGGAUCGAGCCUGGACAGGAACGAUUUCCACCUGAUUCUGGAGAACCUGGACGUGCUCGACGUGCUGAAGGCCUCUGGCACCGACAUCGAGGGGCUGGAGUCCAUGGAGCACGUCUUGUUCCCGCGAGAUGGCAGCCGGCUGAGCAUCCAAGAUUUGUAUGAGGUCCUUCUGCGCCUCCGCAAGGGUAAGCCUGCCAGCGUGACGGACGUGGUCAAUCUGCGGGAACUCGUCCGCCGUCAACAUGAGAGGCUCAAGGAGCUCGUCAAGGGGGCGCUGGGGCACGAUGCCGCGCAAACCUACUUUGUCGGCGCCUCGGAGCUGCUCAACUGA